AUGAUCAAGAAAUUUUCUUUAAGCUUUUUCUCUUCUGAACUCGAAUAUUCCUUUAAAAAAUGGGUUAUUGAACAAAAUCAAUUCAUUUAUGAGACUACUCUUGCUACAAUCACAAUUUAUCUUAUAAUAAAUCUGAUCAAUUACAACAACGAUGUCAUUUACAUCAUAACGACUUCAACCAGUCUUUGUAUUGAAUUAACUAUACUUUUUUUCUAUCAGAAAUAUCCUUUGCAUAGAGAAUUUAUUCAAAGCUUGAAUCUAAUCAUUUUUGCCAUUACGAUUGAUAUUUAUAUGAUUUACCAUCAAAUCUAAGACACGGCCAUAGAAAUGGGGAUAAUGAAAUAUAUGUUAUAUCUUUAGGGAAAUCGAUUUAGAUGGCAAACAUUGAUUUUUCUCCUCGGCUUUGGAGCGGAAGUCUCAAUAUCUCAAAUGGAUGUAGUUUAACAAAUAGCACAUGGCUUGUUUAGAAUGUUCAUUAUAUUUUUUCGUUACUAGGUCGAGAUGAGAAGAAGAUAAUAUUAUUUGGCACAGAGAUCUUAAUUAUAAUAUGAGAAUUUGAUCGAGGAAUAAUUGCCAACGUGGGUGGUUUUGAUUAAAUAUGAUAAGCAACAAGGUUAAAUAAGGAUUGACAAGAUUAAUAGAAUAAUGAGAGAAACCUUUAACAUUGUAACUGAUCAAAAAUUUAGAGAGUUUCUUAGGGAUUCAAAUAUCCAACCCUUAGAGGAACCCCAAAAAAAGCAGUUCAAUUUCGAGGAGCUAUUACUGAAAGAAUUGGUGUAUAAGUAGGAAACAAAUUAAAUAUCUAAGUUUUUGGGUUAUCUUAUAAACAAUGAAAAAAAGUGGUAAUUCUAAAUAACAAAAAUCUAUUUAAAUUCAAUAGAACCCACCAUAUUACUUUUAUUUAUAGAAUAGGGUGGGAAUCUGUAUGAGUUCUAUUCUCAUUAGAUCAAGUGGAGGGAUCAACAGUUAGUUAAUCAAAGCAAGCAAUUUCUAAAUUAUAUCAAGGAUCAAAUAGGCAUUCUAAAGUUCUUCAAGUAGUAAUCAAGAGUUUAGGAGUUAUUUCAAAUUAGUAAUUAAAUCAGCAAUAGUUAUAUCCUUUUUAAUCAAAGUUUGAACAUCUAUAAUAUCACUUAGAUAACUUAUGGUAAAUUAAAAUAUAAAAUAAAUGAGUUUUAAUUAAUUGAUUUAAUUUAUCAACUAAAAGAAGAUCUUAAAUUUACAAAUAAUCAAUUAAAAUCAAAUAUACUCAUGAAAACAGAUAGAUCAAAAAUGAUCUCAAUUAUUUUGAGUAUUUCUGAAUUUAUUAAGAUCAUGCUGGCCAUCAUAACAAAUGAUGAAAAAUAAUUGUAUGAGUGUCAUCCCUCAGGAUAUCCUAUUUAGAUAAGAUUCAAAAGAAUCAAACAUUAACCUGGAUGUUUGAAAAUUACAAUGAAACAUUAAAAUCUCAAAAUACCACAUUAGAUACAAGAAGCUUUAUUAAAGGCUGCAUCGUAUACUGAUCAUAAAAAAAGGAAUUGGGGAGUCAAUCACUAUUAUGAAAACAUUUAAAAUUUAAGCGAAUAGAUUCAUAAUUUGAACAUGAAAGCUCAGAAAGUUACAAAAAGUCAAAUUUCUUUAUUAGAUCUUGAUUUAGCUUCAUAUUAGUAAGCAAAGGAGGUGAAUUUGAAAGGAAGUACAGAGCCUUUUAGCACUUUAGGCUUACCGUUGGCUUAAUAUCUCGUCUGUCAAUUAGGACCAAAUAAUCAAAUCAAUUUUAAAGAUACUUAAUAAUAAAAAAUGGGGGAUUCCUUGUCCUUUCGAAAUUCAACUCCAUAAACAAAGAUAAGUUUUUAGAUUUAUGAAGAUUUGAAUGAAUUCAUUUAUCAAUUGAAUGAGAAAGAGUCCAAUCCUUAUUUAGAUUGCUACAUUUCAAAUGAAAUUCAGCAAUCAACAUUUAAAACAUUCCAUAGUCUAUCUCCAUCACAUCAACAUCAAAGAGGAAGUUUGUAAUCAUUUAUAAACACUAAAUUAAAUUGA